AAGAAAACACCACUGUGAUGUUUUAAACUUGUCUAGCCUCAUCUUUCUCUCUUGUGCCAUCUCUCUUCUGUAAAACAGUGAGUUAAUAAGUCAGGAGUUAGGACCCAGAGAUGUAUUUUAGCCUCAUAAGACCUGACAGCUCACUGGGCAUCAGUGAAGUGCACUUUAAGAAACCCACACGGAAGGGAGGUGACUUGUGACUAUUUUCAUCUCAGGCAGCUGGUCAUGAUCCCCUUGGGUUCCAUCUCGACUUUGAACCACUUGUAUUUUGUUUUGCAACCCUGUUCCUUUCCUGUGGAAGCGCCCUGUCGAUGAAAAGAAGAAUUUUCUCUCCAAAGCAGACAUCAUGACAGGCUUCCUGCUGGUCCUUUUGGUUCUUGGUGUCAUUCUUCCAGGUUCCUGGGUGACUCUUACGGCCACUGCAGGACUCAGCUCAGUAGCUGAACAUGAAGACGCGCUCCUCAGACAUCUGUUCCAAGGCUAUCAAAAAUGGGUUCGCCCCGUGUUGAAUUCCAGUGACACCAUAAAAGUCUAUUUUGGCUUGAAGAUAUCUCAGCUUGUGGAUGUGGAUGAAAAGAAUCAGCUGAUGACAACGAAUGUGUGGCUCAAGCAGGAAUGGACAGAUCAAAAAUUACGCUGGAAUCCUGAAGAAUAUGGUGGCAUUAACUCGAUCAAGGUUCCAUCGGAAUCGCUGUGGCUUCCUGACAUAGUUCUCUUUGAAAAUGCUGAUGGGCGUUUUGAAGGCUCCCUCAUGACUAAGGCCAUUGUGAAAUCCACUGGCAUGGUCAGCUGGACUCCUCCUGCCAGCUACAAAAGCUCCUGCACCAUGGAUGUCACAUUUUUCCCGUUCGACAGGCAGAACUGCUCAAUGAAGUUUGGAUCCUGGACUUACGAUGGUACCAUGGUUGACCUCGUUCUGAUCAAUGAAAAUGUUGACCGGAAAGACUUUUUUGAUAAUGGAGAGUGGGAGAUACUAAACGCAAAGGGGAUGAAGGGCAGCAGAAGAGAAGGUUUCUAUUCCUACCCAUUUGUUACCUACUCCUUUGUUCUGAGACGCCUGCCAUUGUUUUACACUCUCUUCUUGAUAAUCCCCUGCCUGGGGCUGUCUUUUCUCACAGUCCUGGUGUUCUACUUACCUUCCGACGAAGGGGAAAAACUUUCAUUAUCCACCUCAGUUUUGGUCUCUUUGACAGUGUUUCUUUUAGUCAUUGAAGAAAUAAUCCCGUCUUCUUCAAAAGUCAUCCCUCUCAUCGGCGAGUACCUCCUCUUCAUUAUGAUUUUUGUCACCCUGUCAAUUAUCGUCACGGUUUUUGUAAUUAAUGUGCACCACAGAUCUUCUUCAACAUACCAUCCCAUGGCCCCCUGGGUGAAGAGGCUGUUUCUGCAAAGACUCCCAAGAUGGCUUUGCAUGAAGGACCCCAUGGACCGCUUCUCUUUCCCUGAAGGAAAGGAGAGUGAAGCAGCAGUGAGGGGGAAAGUCCUCAGGAAAAAGAAACAGCCUCCUACAGAUGGAGAAAGGGUUCUGGUCACUUUUCUGGAAAAGGCCGCCGAGUCCAUCAGAUACAUUUCGAGGCAUGUCAAGAAGGAACAUUUCAUCAGCCAGGUAGUACAAGACUGGAAAUUUGUGGCUCAAGUUCUUGACCGCAUCUUCCUGUGGCUCUUUCUGAUAGUUUCAGUUGUGGGCUCCGUUCUGAUUUUUAUUCCAGCCUUGAAGAUGUGGCUACAUUGAUUCUAUUAGGAACAACUCUCUGGAUCCAUGUAGAGGACACACAUAGAGGCAAGUCCCAUCUUAGGACUGCUGCUGGCAUGUGCACAGAAAGCAGAUGCAUGUACUAGUUGUAGCUCCUUGUCUUGCCAUCUGAGCCUCCUGUGAUUGGAGCACCCUGAGAAAACGUGGGUUUGACUUAGUGUCACAGGCGGCUGCCAUUAGCGAUGGAUUUGGGCAAUUCAAAGAGGCCUCCAUGUUAUGUUCUUGUGUGGGAGGCAUGGAACUCCUCCAUCUGCUCAUCCCUAGACUCCUGUAUCUGCCCAUCCCCUUCGUGGUUGGUAUGAUCUGCAUACUGGGGCUGAAUGGCACUUCUCUAGCAGUGUGGGUGAACAUGUUUUGACGACAGUUUCAGAAAUUACACAGGUGCAACUCUUGGGCUAGCAUGCUGUUAGUAUAUAGGUCCAAGGAGCCACUUAUCAAUGAAUGUCCCACCAAUAAGGUAUUCAUUAAAGAGGCCCUUCAGUGGCUGUGACAGUUCUCUAAGGCAGGUGUUACUGGAAGUUUGU